AUGUGCAAGGAUUCUCUUGCCAAGGGAUGCGGAAUGGCUACAAGACCGGCACUAUGUGAAACUAAGCAAGUCGCGAGGCGUGCCGGCAGAUCAGAAGAAGAAAGUCGCAAUCUUGGAGAAAUUUGCCAAGGGGCUCUUUAUUCUUGUCAAAAGAUGCCGCAGCAUACCAUGGCCUAUCGGAUUGCAAGAGCAAUCAUUGUAGACAAUGCAACCAAGGGCGAGCUUGCCAACGUUUUUAGUGAUCUAGACCCUCCAAGGUUCUGCCGCGUUGCUCAAAAACGUGGAUGCAAAGACAUGGCUAGAGCCAUCAAAUGA